AGCCAUUUGGGCUCAAGAUGGGCCCAAGCCGAUUGGACACAAGGGUGUCAUUCGGACGCAAUGGCAGAAAGCACCAGCAUUUGCGAAGGCGGAGGUCCGUUAAUACUGGGCGGGUCGGACGGCGUCGUCUUUCCACUGGUCCACAUCGAAAACCAGGUUCUUGGAGGGAUCCUUUAUUUCAUCGGGCUCAUGUGGUGCUUUCAAGGGGUCGGCAUAAUCUCCGACAUCUUCAUGAGCGCCAUCGAAAAGAUUACCUCCGCGAAGAAGCGGGUCCCUGUACCUGUCAGUGAGCGUGUUUGGGACGGCAUCGUAGGAACAUCUCCGAGCUCAGCAAAGAGCCAGGACUCAAUAGGCCAACCACGCCUAAAGACGGUGAAGGUCUGGAACGACACAGUUGCGAAUCUGACUCUAAUGGCAUUGGGGUCCAGUGCACCUGAGAUUCUCCUGGGCGUGAUUGAGCUGGCACCCAACAAGAUGCACAGCGGUGCCCUCGGCCCCUCUACCAUUGUGGGCAGUGCUGCGUUCAACCUUCUGAUCAUUACGGCAGUCUGCAUCUCAGCCAUCCCUGAGGGCGAGGAGCGCAGGAUUAAGGACAUGUCCGUUUUUGCAGUCACCGCAACAUUUUCGAUUUUUGCAUAUUUGUGGCUCAUCGUCGUCCUGGUGGUGUGGACGCCAGACGUGGUCACUCCGGCUGAGGGCUUACUUACAAUAGUGUUCCUACCGAUCCUCGUUUACUUAGCAUACCUGGCGGACGUCGGUGCGUUCCACAAACUGAUGGGCAGGGUGAAAAGUCAUAGGCUGGUUUUUUCGCACGAAACCAGCGUGGAAGACUACCACAAAAUGAUGGCACACCUGAGGGAGAAGUACCCCAAGAUGCCGGACAACAAAGACGCGGAGAACCUCCUUCUGCGCUACGAGUUCCCCGAGAGCACCACGCGUGCCGUGCGGCGCAGAGAGGCCACCCGUGUCGCUUCGGGGCAAGUGGCAGUGCGGGACCGACACCUUCACCUCUUGGGCGAGUGCGUGUCGAAGGGGCUGAAGCCAGGAGCCACGAGUGGCAAGAUGCACGGCGACGCGGUCAUUCCAGCUGGAGAGUGCGGUGAGGCCGACCACAGGCCGAAUGCAAUCGUCGAAUUCGUAUCGGACAUGUACGCCGUCUCGGAGGCGGAUAAGAAGGUGCUGUUGACGGUGAGGCGUGGCGGCAACGAGCAGUCCUCGGCUUCGUGCAGGUUCAGGACAGUCCCAGGAACUGCGAAGAGAGACGAGGACUACAUACAUAAGCAGGGGCAGCUGGAUUUUCUCCCAGCAGAAACCGAGAAGACGAUCGAGAUCAUUGUCGUCGAAGACAAAGUGCACGAGUCGACCGAGGAAUUCUACGUGGAGCUAGUUCCGGUCCCUGGAGCUGGGAUCGUGGGGCUCAAGAAGUUGGCGACUGUGGUCGUUCUGGACUCCGACAGUCCUGGCGAGUUGAGAUUCGAGACAGAAGCUCUGACCAUAGUAGAGCCGUCGCAACGUGUGAAGAAAGAAAUCAAAGUUGAGCGUGUGGGGGGCUGCAAUGGGGAUCUCAAGUGUGCCUAUCGCACCGAGGACGGUUCGGCAAUAGCCGGCAAGGACUACGAGGCAAUAUCGGGGGAGUUGGUUUUCUCCAUGGGGGUGCAGCACACGUUUGUCGAGGUUGCUGUUCUUCCCGUCGCUUCUGUCGACCAGAGGAGAGAAGAGUUCCGCCUCAUCAUCGAACCAUGCAGUGAAGGUCCAGUGGCGCGUUUCGAUGAAUCCACCGAUGGUGGAGCCGAUUCGGGCAUUUGCACGAUCACGAUCGAGUCCGACGAGAGCGGGAAGAAGCAUCACAACGCUUGCCUGUCCGCAGCGGCGCACCGAGGCGUGCUGAACAUGGACAACGUCGACGUUGGCAGGGCCAGAUGGAAGGCGCAAUUCGUCGAGGCUCUUUAUGUUGGGGGCGACCCUGAAUCUCAGGCCGACGCAGGGGUGAUGGAUUGGACUUUUCACGUCAUCAGCUUGCCUUGGAAGGUACUAUUCGCUGUUGUACCGCCGACCGACUUCUGCGGGGGGAAGCUGUGCUUCCUGUGCGCCCUCUUCAUGAUAGGGAUCUGCACCGCCUUCAUUGGCGACUUGGCGAACUUGCUGGGUUGCGCUAUGGACAUCCCGCCCGAGAUUUGCGCGAUUACGUUCGUGGCUCUUGGCACCUCGUUGCCUGACACAUUCGCGUCCAAGACGGCCGCUGUUCAGGAUCCUACAGCCGACAGUAGCAUUGGCAAUGUCACUGGCAGCAACUCUGUCAACGUCUUCCUCGGUCUGGGCCUGUCCUGGUCCACUGCUGCUAUUUAUUGGGCGCUCCAGGGCGAAGAGUUUGUGGUUGAGGCAGGCGCGCUUGGCCCCAGCGUCGGGGUGUUCUGCGGCUGCGCCGUCGCCUGCAUUGGCCUCCUCCUCGUCCGGCGCUGGACCCUGGGCGCGGAGCUCGGCGGGCCCACUCUUGCCGCCAGGAUGUCGAGCGCGUUCCUCGUCCUGCUGUGGGUUCUGUACAUCGUCACGGCCGUGCUCAUGGUGGAGGACUGAUUCGGCGUGUGCCUCGACAGGGAGAGGGAGAGGUGGCCGAGGCACCUCGUGGUGCUCUUCCCACCCAGGGUCAGCGCCCCUCGGUCCAUAGCUUCCCGAGCCUCCGUGUGGAGGACUGUUCGGAGCAGUCGGAUGAAGAGGCAGGUCUGUUGCUCGCACCUGCCUCAGUGAUGUGGCUUCGGGGCUGCAGAAGUUGUUCGGGGCGGUAAAGGCUGCCACAUUUACAGACGCACGCGAAAACACGUAGGAACAUCGGUUGGAUGUUCGACGUCGUGAUGGGUGUUCCGGGAAGUCGAUCGGUCACUGCACCCUGUGAGCCUGUUUAUUGUUUUCUUGAAAGGCGUGAGUAAUAUGCUCGCAUGCCUUAUGAAGUCAAUGACACUUGCUACCCUACACAUGUGUACACAGUUUUCUAUUUCUUGGCUGUUUCCGUUUUCACUUCGUUUCACUUUGCCUUGCUUGCCGACUUCGAUAUGUCUUUGGCGCGUGCUCCCAAUCAGGGAAAGGCGGCAACCACGCAUUGCAAGCGCUGUUUGGGGAACGCCUGCACGUGAUGCAGUCGCAUGCGGCAAUCGGCGACCCAAGACCCGUCGGGGGUACGUCGGCAAUCUCUCUGCGCUAGCACCACUUGGGGAGUUGUAUAUACUUCAGAGCAUGCCAGCAGCGUGGACCCCAACCAUGGAUGAGUGUAACACCAACGCUCACUUGUGUAAACGUGCGCAUCUGAAUCUGACAAUUGUCUUGCAGGGUUACGACUGUAGUCGAGUAGACCUUGAUUUGCUUCCUGCGUCAUGCGCACGACGCCCUUCGUGAGCGCAACCCUGUGCAUUUCAGCAACUGUACUUUGUAGUUCACCCUUCGGCUUUGCGGCGAUGGUCAGAGUCACCGCGCAAGAUCAGAGUGUCUCUUCGGGAACGCUUCACCUCCUCCUGCGUCCCCCUUCCAUCCGCCUUCCUCUCAUACUCGCCUCUUUCCGUCGUUUGAUUAUCCUCCACUCUUGGCUCCCCAAAGCAAUGAAAGGCAUGUUUCAGUGAGCAUGGUGGGC